UGUUUCCAGUGUGGAGCCUCUCCUACCUGAGUCUGGGAUAGAGGCGGACAUAGAGGUCAAGAGCAUCCUCUCUUCAGACUGAUACCUUCUACCAGCUGUAAAGCCAGCCCAUCACUCUAUGGAAGAUGUGAUUGAUGGCAUCAUCAGUUUUGAAUCCGGUCUCAACGAUGAGUUCUUUCAGUUGAUGGACCCUGGACUACAGCUAGCCAACACGCUGCCAGUGUCAAGGAACAUGCUGGAUGUGUACAGCAGUGGAGGGAUGGUUGCUCCUACCGUCACCGUCUCUAACUCCUGUCCUGCUGACUUGCACACCAUCAAGACUGAGUUAACCGUGGUGGAGGCUAAAGCGAUGAUGAAGGAGCGACAGAAAAAGGACAAUCAUAACCAGAUUGAGAGACGGAGGAGGUUCAACAUCAACGAUCGCAUCAAGGAACUGGGGGCUCUCAUCCCCAAGUCUAGUGACCCGGAGACACGCUGGAACAAGGGCACCAUCCUGAAGGCGUCUGUGGACUACAUCAGGCUGCAGAAAGAGCAGCAGAGAGCCAAGGAGUGGCAGACCAGACAGAGGAAACUGGAGCACAGCAACCGCAGCCUACUGCUACGCAUACAGGAGCUAGAGAUGCAGGCCUGCCUCCACGGCCUCUCCACCCCCGCCUCCUCCUCCCAGGGCUCCUCCUCCUCACACCUCAGCCUAUCACAAUCCCUGGACCCCAGCACGGGCGACGCCCUCUCCAAGACCCUCCUGUCCCUGAGUGGUGGCCCAGGCCUUCAGGCCACCUCCCCCUCCUUUCUGUCUCCACCCCCCUCGGCCUCGCCGGUUGGCCUGAUGAACAUGGCUUCUCCUCUGGGCUUCUCUGAGCUGGACGACCCGUCUGCCGCAGCCUUCCACUCCUCCCUGCUACCGGACAUGGGUCUUGGGGACAUCUUGAUGGACCAUGGGGGGAUAGGGAUGUCCCCGGUGUGGGCCCGAGAGCCCUUGCUCUCCUCCAUCUCCCCAGGAGCCUCCAAGACCUCCAGCCGCAGGAGCAGCUUCAGCAUGGAGGAGGACUUGUGACUGAGUUAAAGGACCCUAGCCCUUACACUGCUAGGCAAGAGCAGCUUCAUGCAUGGAGGAAGACCUGUGCCUGGGCUGAGUCCAAAACCAACCCCUAGACCAGCGUUUCCCAAACUCGUUCCUCGAGAUCCUAAAGGAUGCACGUUUUGGUUUGUGCCCUAACACUACACAGCUGAUUCAAAUGAUCAAAGCGUUAUGGUUCAUUGAUUAUUUGAAUCCACUGUGUAGUGCCAGGGCAAAAACCAAAACGUGCAUCCUUUAGGAUCCUGAGGACUGAGUUUGGGAGACCCUUCCCUAGACCCUAGCUCCUAGACCAUGGCUCCUAGACCCUAGCUCCUAGACCCUAGCUCCUAGACCCUGGCUCCUAGACCCUAGCUCCUAGACCCUAGCUCCUAGACCCUGGCUCCUAGACCCUAGCUCCUAGACCCUGGCUCCUAGACCCUAGCUCCUAGACCCUGGCACCUAGACCCUGGCACCUAGACCCUGGCUCCUAGACCCUGGCUCCUAGAUCCUGGCUCCUAGACCCUGGCUCCUACACCCUGGCUCCUAGACCCUGGCUCCUACACCCUAGCUCCUAGACCCUAGACACAAGGUUAUUUGUAGAUCAGUCAGUCUGCAAUGUAGUUCACCUGGAGCACGACUUAAGGCCCUAAGCCUAUCAGAGGACUGGGGUGGAGCCUCCACAUACCAUGCAUGGCCCCGUCCAUCAAUCACAGAGUCGGGGUCAAAGGUCUUAGUUUAGUCUAAGAUUUGCAAAAUUCUAGUCCCCAGGUUUUCUAGAAAUCCUGGCAGGAAGGUUCCAGAAAUCCUUAAAAGGAUCCCAAAUGAAUUGCAGAAUACGUGAGAGUAGGUGAUACGCGUUACAUAGACAUUAACCUAUUUUUAUGUCUGUUUUUUUUAAAUUGGAUAGUUCUGUGAAUGACACGCACUCUAGACCAGGGAUUGGCCAGCUAGAGGUGUGGGGACUCCAGUCCUCAGGGGUCUGAUUUGGGUCUGGCUUUUUUUCUCCAUCCUUAGCAAACAAAAGCUGAUUUAAACUAAUUGCAUUCUAAACUGACGAUAAUGAUUAGUUGAUUAUUGAAGUCGGGUGGUUUAUCUGGGACUGUGUCUCUAAUCAGCCCCCCCUGAGGACUGGAGUUUCCCAUCCCUGGUCUAUAUGAUAGAUAAAGAAACAGGAGUUGGGAGUUCCAAUGUAACAACAGUUCAGAAAGCCACAAAUAUAAGAAAUUAAAAAACCAUUAUUUGUAUGUAAUUAUGAGACCUCAGCAUUUGUGUAACUCUGCAAAACAAAAAGGGGAUGGCAUUAUUCUGUGUUGAAACAGCCAGAUUAACUGUCUGUGUAUCCCAAAUAGCACCCUAUUCCGCUACACUGGAUACUACUGGAGUGCAGUAUAUAGAAAAUAGGGGGCAAUUUGGGAUACGUCAUAGAGCAGCACUUUUCAUUGGUAGACAUGUUGUAUAGAUGAGUGUUAUGCUUUUAAAGAGUCCCACAGGAGAACCAGUCUGAGCAGCCAGCCAUAUAGUAGACUAAACAGUUACUGUGUUUGUAGACCCAAUGUUCUAUUGUUUUCAACAACAAGACAGUAGAGAG